AUCACCUUUCAUUAAUUAACAAUGGUAAACAUGAUUAAUGCUAAUAAAAUCUUGAUUUUUGGUAUGUUAAUGAGUCUAAUUGGGGUUUAUUGUGGGAAUAUUAAGGUGGGUAAUGGGCAAUGUAAUGGUGAUUUACAAGGGUUAAUUGCCCAAUGUGCAAUAUUUGUUCAAAAACCAGGUCCAAUAGUAGAUCCAUCACAAGCUUGUUGUAAUGUGUUGAAAAAUAUAGAUGUUGGAUGUAUGUGUACUCAUAUUACUAAACAGGCUGAACAAAUUAUUAGUAUGCCUAAAGCUAUGCAUUGUCUUCAGUCUUGUGGUAAGCCAAUGCCUCAUGGAUCUAAAUGUGGAAGUUAUACAGUUCCAUGAGUGCAAGGAAUGGACAAGCAAUUUUUCUUUGUUGGGUUAAGUUUGUAGCAUCUUUUGUUUGUGUUGUGAGUCUAGUGAGUUUUGAUUUCAGUUUAUCCUAAGUAAUUAAUGGUUAUUUACCUUAAUUAUUAUUGUGGAACCCUUAUAAAGGGUUACGAUCCCGUGUGUGUAUUUUUGAUUGUUGUUCCUUGAGGUGUAUCAAGUUUUCUCUAAUUAUCAUGUGCUAUUAAAAAAUA